UUUAGGGUUCAGAAAUCGGACAAAAAACCCUUGACUGCUUCGGUGCUGCUCCUAAUCCAUCUAAUUUUUCAUGGAAAUCAUGUAUAUCUUCUUCAACCUCUUUUAAUCAAAAUUACUGCGCAAUUGAACUCUUCGUUCUUCAGUGUUUUGUAGGCUUGUGACCAAGUUUAGUUCAACGUAUAAAGAAGAUGAAUCUGUCUGGAUUGACUGGUAGCCCGGCAAAGUAUUGCUUCCGUCUACAUUCAAGAAGUCCGGCUGUACCUUGUAAGCGCGCGCCGGCUUUCCAAGAUAAGGGUAUACGUAGAAACUUCUUUUGUCUUGAAAGACGGAAUAAUUUGGCUGGUUCAACAAGUAGAUGUAUCACAAAGAGAUCAUUUUUGAUGAAAUGUGCCAUGGAUGCUUCAUUCGGUGAUGCUAGAGAUGAAUCAUCUGUCAUCUUUCCACGAAUCAACAUAAAGGAUCCAUACAAAAGACUUGGUAUCAGUAACGAAGCUUCUGAAGACGAAAUCCAAAGUGCUAGAAACUUCUUAGUUCAAAAAUACGCCGGUCACAAACCAAGCGUUGAUGCAAUUGAAUCCGCACACGACAAAAUAAUAAUGCAAAAGUUCUAUGAACGGAAAAACCCCAAGAUCAAUGUGAAGAAAAAGAUGAGGGAAGUAAGCCAGUCUCGUGUUGUCCAGGCUGUCACAAGCAGAUUUAGAACCCCGGCUACUAACUUCAUUAUCAAAACAUCCAUCGCAUUUGUGGUACUUGCAGCUCUUACGGUUCUCUUUCCAACUGAAGAAGGACCCACCCUUCAGGUUGCCAUAUCACUGUUUACCACAAUAUAUUUCAUACAUGACCGGCUCAAGAGCAAACUCCGAGCUUUUCUUUACGGGGUUGGAACGUUUGCUGUGUCAUGGCUGUUGGGAACGUUCUUGAUGGUGUCGGUUAUCCCACCAAUACUCAAAGGGCCAAGGAGUUUAGAAGUGACAACAUCGUUGGUAACUUAUGUGCUUCUAUGGGUUUCUUCUACUUAUCUUAAAUGACAGAAUCAACUGUUUGUUUCAAGUGAAUUCCAAAAUUUUGUUCUUUAAGAAGAUGGUAGAGGUCAUUUUUUCGGUUAGUUUCUUGCCUUUAAGAUGUUGUAUCAAGGGGUUUCAUGACAUUACUACUGUGACUUAUUGUUUAAACCUUUUGUGCUUAUGAUGAUUUUAUUCUCUCUUGAUUU